AUGAUUGAAUAUUUAAAACAGGAAAUAAAACAGCGAAUAGAGGAGGAUGAUGCAAUGCAAGAAGAAAUUUUGGAAAUGAAAUCAAAAAUUUAUUAUCUAACCAAUGAUAUUGAUCAAAUGAAAUUUAUUCAAAUAAAAAUAACAAAAACAUUAGAUUUAGGAACUUACUGUGCUAUUAAAAUGAAUGUCAUUGAUUAUCAAUCAUAUAAGAAAACAAUAAAAUUAAUCAAUGAUAAUAAAAAUAAUUAUAAAUGGGAAAUGUUUAUGUUUAUUUAUUUAACGCCAACAGCAGAAAAAUGCAAAGAUAAAAGAGCAGGCAAAUCGAAAUAA